CGGCGCGCGCGGGCGCGGGCGCGGGAACGGAGCGGGGCGGGGCGGCGGGAGCGUGAGCGGCGGGCGCGGAGCGGGCUCGGGGCGGCGGGGAGGAUGGACAUGAAGAGGCGGCUAACGCUGGAGCUGCGCAACAAGAAGCCGAGCGAGGUGAAGGAGCUGGUUCUUGAUAACUGCCGUUCGGACGAUGGGAAGAUCGUUGGUCUCUCUUCAGAUUUUGAGAACCUGGAGUUCCUCAGCAUGAUCAACAUCAACUUGCUGUCUGUCUCCAAUCUGCCCAAACUUAACAAACUCCGGAAGUUGGAGCUGAGCGAUAACAGGAUUUCUGGUGGCCUUGAAGUUCUAGCAGAGAGAACUCCUAACCUGACACACUUGAAUUUAAGCGGCAACAAGAUCAAAGACAUCAAUACCCUGGAGCCCUUGAAAAAGUUGCCAAACCUGCGUAGUCUGGACCUCUUCAACUGUGAGGUGACGAUGCUCAUCAACUACCGGGAGAGUGUGUUCACCCUCUUGCCCCAGCUCACCUACCUAGACGGAUUCGAUGCUGAUGACGAGGAAGCCCCUGACUCAGACCCUGAAGCAGAUGGGGAUGGACUGGAAGACGAGUAUGAGAAUGGGGAAGAAGGUGAGGAAGAGGAUGAUGAGGAGGAGGAAGAUGAUUUGGACGAAGAAGUCAUUGAUGAUGAAGAAGAUGAAGAUGAUGAUCUGGAAGGUGAAGAGGAGGAGGAUGGAGUAGAUGAUGAGGAGGAAGACGAGGAGGAAGACGGUGAGGAAGAUGAAGAAGAUGAAGCUGAUGAUGACCUUCCGCGAGGCGAAAAGAGAAAACGAAAUCUAGAGGAUGAAGGAGAGGAAGAUCCAGAAGACGAAGAAGACGAUGAGGAUGACUGAUCCGAGCGAGCCCAAUCAGUUUUACAGACUCUGACUGUGCUUGUCUUAACCUCCCCGUUGUGUCUGUGUGAGACUGUAAAUCCCUGUCUCCCACUCCUCCCCCCUUUGUAUGGCUGCAGCGUCCACAAUAUAUUUUUUUAAGAUGUAGAAUACUGUAGGCAUUCAGGGGAAUCUUCCAUACAAGGCUCACUUUCUCACAAGUAUCUCAUGACCAAAGGCUUUCUCCGUUCUGUCGUUUGUGCAGCAGUUUGCAAAAAAAAAAAAAAAAAAAAAGCAAAAAAAAAAAAGCAUUUCCUCCUCUAGGGUAUCUUUGUGUCUGAAAUUGGCCUCACCACACUGGACCCCGAGCUUCAGCUCGCCAGCAAAGAAGGCGUCUUUGCUAUCCGCAUGCCCUCAAACCAGCUCUGAAGAUCUGAGCCAGCUUGAGCCGUGGGUGCCAAUCUGGUUCAUCGCGACGGACUCAAAGCAAACGAUCGCUGAGGUCUCUCUUGAGCAGAAAUAGCGAUGACGUGAGCGCUGGAGCUACUUGAAGAUGCGUUAGUGCUCGGGGUGCCUGGCGCCUUGGGGAGAGGGGGGGUGGCUGCUUGCAAGACCUGGUACCCCUGCCGAUGCACCUUGCAGUAGCCCUGCACUUGCUUUCCUAUUUUUCUAUAAACUGGAAUAUUUUUCCCGCUGGCCCACCUGAUAACGUUCGCUUGGAGAUCCGACUUGCUCUGAUUUUUGGCGGCUGUGAGCAUUUUGGCUGUGCCGAGGCUUCUCGGCAUGCUUGUAACUGGCUCUGCCUUUAGGGAGAGAUAGGAACUAGCAGGUUAAGGGUUACUGCACUCCGUCAAACUCCAUUUCGCACUGUACAGAACACGUUCAACCAGUAUCACUGUGAUGCACCUAACUCGGCGUUCCCCGGGAGACCGUGUUAGCCUAUAUAUAUUCUCAGGGUCCUUCUAGCCAGUACCACCUCUGGACAGUUGCUUCGGCGCCAGCCUGAUGUACGCAUCCUCCUCCUCCUCCUCUUUUUCAGCAUGGAGAGAAGCGCAUUGAGCAGAAAUCGCGCUCUCCCACUUGCGUUUUGGCACCGUGGGAGUGCAAGUGGGGUUUGGAACGCGUGUCCCCCCACCCUGCGCUGGCUGGAAGAGGGAAAAAGGGGGAUCAGCCGGGCGUAGGAGCAUUUCUGACCCCUUCACCUACCCUUCCUCUGCCUGGAGGUGCCCAUUCGUUUUGGGGAGAAGCAGCCUCGGGGUAUCCAAGGGGUGGGAACUAGGAGCUGGGGUGGGAGUCCCCGCUGUUCUCCUGCCGUUGGGGUUCUCCACGGGUGCAGACGCACUGGCACUUUGCGGCGUUCCCGGUGGUUGCUCUGGGCAAUCUGUCGGCACUCGGAGAGGCGAGACUCGCGGCGGUUCCGUCGGAGGAGUGGGGUGUGUUGCAGCACAUCCGAGUUUCUGUUGCUUUGUUCUGUUCUUGCUGUUGUCUCUCGCGUUGUACAGUAGCUGUAACCAUUCGGAGAAGAACUAGUCCUGUAAAAUGCAAACUGAGUAACUUAUAAAUGUUAAAGGAAUUUUUAAGAGAAAUUUCAGAGCGGCAGUUACUUCUAAUUUUUCCCUGCAUUUUUAGCAGAUUGUAUGGAUUUUAUAUUAGCCUAGGAACUGUCCGGUUUGGUUGGUCACGCUCUAGUCCCACAAAUAAGGAUCUCCAGCCCUUUUGUAUCUUUUGUUACAAAAUUUGGAUAAAACUUUUAAUAAAGACUUCAGUUUUUAAAAAUCCA